AGUACAGACCCUGUAGAUCCUGAGAUUGCAAUACCUACCCCCUGCUAUCGGCUUGGUCGGCUUGAAUGGACCGGGCUCCCGGACAGAACAUGAUUGAGAUCAAGGGUGAUGUGGCGCAAAGGCUCGAAAGCAAUGGUGCUAUGGACCAGAUCCGAGCUCAGAUGCGAGCCAGUGUCUAUCGUGCUCUUCUACAGGACGAGGACACCAGCGAGCUAGCGCACGAAGAUGAUCCGCAAGAGGCUCCAGUGCCUAUGGUCUCAUUAGUCACGGACUUCCUGGAGCAUUGGGAUCUUAGCAUGACCAAGGAGGUCUUCUUGAGGGAAACGACUCAGACGCCUCUGGCCAGAGAUGAGUUGGUCAAGGAGCUGGCGGUGCGCGUAGAGGCUCCACGCUCCAACCAGGCAGUGCUAGAACAGGUCUUGGCUGCUGUGAGGCAUCGGACGAGGCCAGAGCCAAUUCCAGAGUGAACGACCUGGGAAAGCUUUAUUUCCGUGAAUGUCCAUAAUGCUGCUAGUGAGUCACAGUGAGUCGGCUUGAUAGCAGUUUUGCCCUUCGACAUCAGAAGACUCAUGCAAGAAGACGCAAUUGCAAGAGGAAUGGAAGGAAGUUCGAUUGGCAGCCUACUACUUCACCCCAAGGGGUGAAGUACUCAUUGUAUCAUCACUUCUUACACUCCCA